AUGCCCCGCCAUGAGAAGGGCAACCAAUCCAAAUGGAAGCGGGAUAGGGAAGAAAGACUGGAGGAAAAGAAGGAAGACCGGACGUUGCCGACCACGGAACUCAUGACUAAUUGGAAAGCUUGGUUGGGGGUGAGGGGAACUAUCAUGGACGACAUCCCGAGAUGGGGACGGAGACCGCCUCUAAUAGAUGAAUACCCAGACCUCGCCAGAGCCCUCCAGGACGGAGACCUCCCUACCACGCGUCGGCUCUUGGAAUCAUCCCCCGUAAUAAUCUGGCCCGACAUCUGGAAAAUCUCGCGUUACAUGCCGGUACACAACAAGCGCUGUUCCACCGACCGUGUCCACUGCCACCCCCUUGGCGUAGCCUCCAUGCUCUCUCAUGCCCACAUCGUCCAAUACUUACUCACAAAGCCUCAGGUUCGCGCCCACGUCGACGACCCUGUCACCAACCUCUGCAAAUGCUUCUACGACCCUGUCGACUAUCGGGCCGUCAGUGCGCCCAACAUGCGGCAAGAUCCAGCGCACUGGACCGCUUUGCAUUUGACAAUUUGCCAGGGAGAAGGGGUAUACCAAAACCGGCCUCCCAUCGACGCAACACCAGUCCAUAAUGAUUCGCUACAGAUUGUGAAGGACUUGAUUCAUGCAAAAGCGUCCCUAAUUGUAUCAGCCGAUCAGCCAUCUCAAGAAAACAUCACGAUCCUACACACCGCAGCUUUGAAGGGCCGUUACGAUAUUCUUUCUUACCUUCUCUCACCAGGCUUUUCACGAAGAGCAGAGAUAGACAUCAACGCACGCGACCGCAAAGGCCGGACGCCACUGCACUAUGCCGUUCUCCGCUACUAUUCCGAGGACCACGAUUUGUCGGGCAUCGGAUUUCUGAUAGCCCAGGGCGCGGACCUCGAAAGCCGUGACAAGUACUCCCAAACCCCUUUCACGCUCGCCCUCUCGUUCGGCUGUCUUGUGUCUGCCAAGUACCUCUUCACGAGACAUGCGCCAAAACACGGCUUCCGCUUCUUGUUUCCGCACACCGGCACCAUGAACUACCCUUUGCAGGUGCUCGCUCGCUCGUUCGAGACGUUCUUCGUCAUGUCGCCUUGGACUGUGGAAGCGGUAUCCCCGGACCGCUGGGAAUUACAACGUCAGGAUUUGAUACGGACCAUACUCAAACUUUCACCGCCGGGUGUUACUUCUGUAGACUGUGGCAAUCACUCCCUUCAAGAUGAUAUCGACCCACUCGAGGUGGAAGUUCGCCAUCCGCUGGCAAUAGCAGCACAUGAGGGAGCAAUCCCUCUGAUCUGGUGCUCUGGCUAUUAG